AUGAAGUCAGCUCUUCUUAUUCUUGUCAUCGUUGGAUGUGGCAGUGCCCAAUUCAGUACCAGCGGUCGAGCUAACAUCACCAAGGUUCAUAAUGAUCUAAGAUCUGCUGUUGCCAAAGGAACCUAUACUGCUAAGGGAACACUCGAACCAGCAGCUGUCAACAUGCGUGAAAUGAAAUGGGAUACGUAUCUUGGCAGCUCUGCUCAAGAACAUGCUGACAAGUGUCCAAACUCUCACUCAAAUGCAGAAGGAGUCGGAGAAAACUUCUACACAAUAUGGUACGCUCAAUCUCCAAAUCUUGAUAACAGUGGAGUCGAAACGUCGAAAGCAUGGGCCAAAGAGUUCCAAAACAUAGAACUGCGGAAAGGAUGCAAAACAAUAUGA